UGGCCCUUGAGACCAGCUAUUCUGCCCAGCCUACUCUACCACUCUCCCCCAUUUCCUCCAUCAGUCUCUCUCAAUUGGCCAUUGCCACAAUCGUCAAAUCAGUGAGGCAGACACUGGUCAGAUAGAUUCGAAUAUCUGUAUAAAUUAGAAGCCACCUCUUUCAUUGAUGACAUACCACAGUUGAAACCAACGACGGCUGCUCGGUGGAGGGUAGCCGCUCAAAAAUGGCUGGACAUAGGUCGAAACGGACUAGGUCACCACCAGUCUUAAGAUUGUUGAGCAGCCCAUCAAGAGAUCCGAAUAGUUGUCCCUUUGAAGACUUUCUUCAAUACCUCGAGUCAUCCUUGGGCCGAAAUGUGUUUCUACGACUUUCCGAGAGCAUCAUCAAGAAGAUGAAAGCUACUCUGGCACGGCUCGGGCAAACUGAUCAAAAGGUGGCCACUGACAUAGUGGAGAGAACUGUAUCCGCCAUAGGUGCAUUCCCGGAAGCUUGCAGCGAACUUCACCCAAGUGCGUUCGUCGCCAUAGUUCGGAUCCUCAUUCACGCAGGGAACUCCCUGUUGAGAGACCGUGGGUUGUACUUGUUAGCUGAAUUUCUACACAACGCAAACAAGAAGCAGGAAGCAGCAGACGACAUCCAAAAAUCACUGUCUGAUAUCAGCAAGGACUGUUUGGAACUAAUCUUCGUCACAUUCUGUGAUAAAAGCGAAUCAUACAAGACGAGACGAUGGGUCGGCCUCUUGAUCCUCGAGCUUACCUCUCACUCCGACGAGAAUGUAGGAAUGAUUGGAUUCAUCCCAGAUGAAAAACGCCGAAAACUUGGCUCCCAGAUCUUGUAUGAAGGAAAUGAAAUAUUGAGGACUCUUUCUGGGCGGAUUUUGACGACCCUUACCGCCUCUGAUAUUAUUCCAAAAGAAUGGUUAUUUCCCGUCGAAACAGAUAAAGAGAUCAUUGCCCAAUACCCGGAGCAAGCUCCUUCAGCCUCACAAUGGGACAAAAGGUUCUCAAGUUAUCUUGAUGAUAUCUGGGACAAGAUAGCUGGCACGGAGAACAACGGGACUAUAGAUUUUGCACUAAAUAUGGUCACUUUUCCGGAGUUUCUGAACACCAAGGCUAUCUCGAUAUGCCACAGGAGCAUAAGUGUGGUCCUUGCGGAUUGCGUAUAUAUCUAUGUACAUUCAGAAAAGAAGGGUUUUGACACCGCCAUCGACAUUCCAUUCCAUCUGAUCUCGGAUGUUCGAGUUGAGCCAACAUCACUUGAUAGGAGUAUAGGGACUGAGCCUCCCGCCGAUCUCAUUCUACACGUCAAGUGCACUGGGGGGAAUCAAGCUUAUGUGAACUCAAGCCCGUCAGAGCUUUCUGUUGUGCAAUUGACAUUCAGGGACACGACCCUCGCCACAAGUAUCGGCAAAGUUGUUCAACAAUGUGGAGCGAAGCUUAAUAGUGAGACUAGAAGGCAAGACACGGCUUCCGAUAAUGAAGCGAUGUCGGGACAUACCGAUGAUUCUGAACCUACCAAGAAAACUAGCUUCAUUAAAGCGUCUCAAAGCAACGAUGGAUUGAACUUAAACGGCGGCAACACAGCCAAGGCUAUCAAGCGAAACAGCUCCAUGAAAGUCUCUCAAGGCAACGAGGGACUGGCCCUCGAUGGUAACCGCAAAGAUACCAACCCAAAAGUUACCAAGAAAAUCAGCUUCCUUGACGACUCUCAAAGCGACGAGGACUCGAUCCCCUACGGGAAUCGUACAGAUACCAAUAAAAAAGCUACCAAGCAAACCAGCUUCAGGAGAACCUCUCAAGUUGACACGGGACUUGUCCUCAACAGAAACUACGAUAUCAAUGCAAAAGCUAUUGAAGCUCAAGGUAUCAGUGAUACCCAUGCGAACAACCAUGAUACCGAGAGUCCACGCGAAGAAUCAUUUGCAGAUUCUUUUGUUGGUGUAGGUAUGGCCGCCCAUAGCAGCCCUAUCAUCCAAUACAAAAAGCUGCCUACGAAGAAGGGCCAGAAUACUAUUGACAAUGGCGGCAACCUAUAUGAUGCGAGCCCUGUAGCCCAUGACCGCCAUUUGAGGAGCUCAAUUGCAGCUGCUCCACCUAACAGUAGACUUCGACUACCGGAGCGCGUGCUGCCAAUAUUGACGACAUCCAGAACACAACAACAAAGUGACAUCAGCAGAGUAGGAAAGACAAGCAAACCUCUUCAUCACGCGCCCACAAAGAUGAAUACAAGGACUGAAGUCAACGAUGUGUCAGGAGUGACCAUUAAUACCUCGGAUGAGUUUGGGUCGUCUAGCCCACGCAUUCACCAGAGUCCAUUGAUAGCCUUUCCCAACAAUCCGGCUGACGAUGCCCUUCUACCUAUGCAACACGAUGGAUCCACCGACGAGUUAAUUAAAAUACCACCUGUCACCGUACGGCCAAAAAAGAAACAAGCAUUGAAGAGUAAGAAGCCAUUAGGUCUUUCAAAGAAGGCCGAUGCACCGGAGAAGGCAACGAAGCAGCACAGUGAAAACCAAGACAAAAGCUGGAACAUAGAACCCGAUUCUCCAAAAUCUACCACUCUUCCUCUGAAGAAGCCUGUGGAAGACGGCAAAGCAGCUUCUAAGAAGAGAAAGUCCGAGCCAGAUGUUCCUGACCGUACUCGCCGGGCUACUAGGCGAAAUGCCUUACCCGUAAAAGAGACGGCAAACGAAUUCGCUGAUGAUACGGAUGAUCAGAAUGACACCAGGCCCGGUCCAAGCAACCGCGCCAAUAAACCGUCAUCGACAAAGCUAGUAAAAGUGGAACAAGCUGACGGGAAGGAAAAUCCGCUGUUCGCCGCGGCGGUCGUUACGAAGCCUAAAAGGGGCAGAAAGAAACACCUGCUCAGGCCAAAGGCAGCACUUAAGGUCAGAAAGUCUGUACCAAAUGACAUAGAAAUGUCCCAUUCUGAUACAGGGGGUCAACACAUGGAGUCAGAUGGAGGUCAGCACAUGGAAUCGGAUAUACUUGAUCCUCUACAGCGACAUGAAAGCUUUUUUGAAGAGGCAUUUCAUGAUCAUGAACUGCCGAACAUGGACGAUGAACCGCCUUUGACUCCAAUGCCACCAGUGAAUGCAGCGACGACAAUAGCAAGCAAAAUGACGGAUAUAUUUGGCCAUGUGGUCGAGUCUUCUGAACCACAACGUAAGGCUCGGGUGUAUGGGAAAUCUGCCCAGAAAGCAACCCGCGCACCUCAAAAACAGUCGAAAUCCAAAGCAAAAGUCAGCUUGAAAGGGAAGGAGAGAGAGAAAGUGGUUCCACUGCCUGAGGCGGAGUCAUUGCCCGAGCCGCCUGAGCAGAAGACAAACCCAGUAGCUACUGGAAAAUCGCCUGCAACCACACCCGCGAAAGAAGUCGAAAUGAUUUACAUCAGCAGUGAUGAAGAAAGUGAAGAUUCUGGAGAUAUUGAACCCCACCAGCCACCGGUAAUUGCACAAGCUGCAAUGUCAAAACUAGAUGAAAAGACUACAUUAGCUACAGCAGCCAAAACUGAAAGCUCUAUCCCUGCUUUCCUCGAAGCACCCAGUGACCUAUCUCCCGAGGACCAGUCAACUCCAGCAAUGGUGCAUCUCCCCCAUCCAGUUGCUCCCCCAGCAGUGGUCCCGACCAAGCUACGAAAUUCCUCUGCCCAUCUCGUUGACGAUCAUUUGUCUCGCAAAACCCCAAUUGUGGCUUUUGGAAAAAAAGGUCCCAAGAAUAAGGGUGUCUCUAGCGCGCUGAAGCCGAAGCCUGUUGAGAAUUCGAGCUCUAAAACGGACAUGGCAAAGCUCGUGAAUGCAGCAGCGUUUGGUCAAUCAAGAAAACGGCCAGGCCCAGAGCCUACACCACACAUGGAAGCUUCUCCUCCGAAAAGACUUAAAACGGUGGACAUUCCUGUCAGUAAGGCUGUAGAUGAUGAUGCUUGCAACGACGAUAUACCAAAUAUGCUACCUCACCGGUUGAAGUCAAGCACCCCAUUUGCUUCGCAGCAAGACAGCCUUAUAUGCAGCUCCCAAUCCCGUGUAGAUGAGAAUGGGAGCCCACAUGCGAGACCUACGGUCGAGGAAACAGCAAACGUGGCGCAAAUUAGAAGAAGAACGCUUUCUAUUCCAUGGAAAAUGACCCACAUCAGUCAAAACAAGGACAUCGCGACUGAAAAGGGACCCUUCGACGACCCCGACGAUGAUAUGCGCCUUGUUCUCGACGAUGAGCCCACUAUGAUACAGAACUUUGAUGGCCCCUCCCCGAACCGGAAGCCACAAUAUUUUGGUCGAGAAAAGGAGGCUUCCAUCAUCCCACGGUAUUUAUUGUCUAGGCCAACCACGGCUGGAAAGAAGUUGGAAGUCAUCCCAGAGACAGAUCACGCUUCCACUGUCAAUUCCGUGAACCCCUUUGAGGAAAGGCAACCAAGGCAGUUGAGCAAUUUUGCAAAGCGCCUCAAAGGAGAACGACCGGCAAGAUCAAAGGUUACGAUAUCGAUUGAACCUCAGCCCCAGCCUCCGUUGAAGGGAUCCAAUGGUCAACCACGAAAACGCUCUUUCGUAAUCGAGCGUGAAGUGACGGUUCAUGAUCCGGAGAAGACCUUGGUGGAGCCGGAAAAUCAAUACCAAUGGAGACGUGCAAGGUCCAUUAGUUUCAGCAACAGUGCAUGCUCUUCUGAUAUCGCUGACGAUAAAGCGUCAGUUGCAUCAAGUGAGGAGGAAGAGCCGCUCGCCCCCUUGAUAGCGUGGAGGAAAACUUUACAGCUACCUUAUAAGGGCAUGACUGAUACUAUUCUCUCCAUCGCCAAAAUACUUGUUGAGGAUUUGGUAGACAAGCAAACGGCCAUUGACGAUAUUGUAGUCGAAUACGCGAGGAAUGGGACGAAGCUUGUCGAAGAACUUGAACGUGAGGCGAGCGCCGAUAGACGUGAACUCGAGUCGCAGUUUUUGAACACGCUGCAGAAAGUUACACGCAGUUUUAAGCAGACAAGAGAUUCCACCAUUGCUCUGAACUCGGAGUGGGAAGAUCUUGGCAACCUUGAAGCGCAGUGGCGGACGAGACAGCAUAAGUUGCAGAAGGUCAUGAAUGAGAGAAAAUUUUGUGUGGAGGAUGGGACGUGGAAGAGCCGGAUUAAAAAUUAAUGCUGUGGUAUUGCUUGUGGGCUGAAAUUGUUUUGGUCGUGGGGGGUUUGCUCAAUGUCUUGCCCAAAACAUGUAUCACAAUAUCAUCGACAACGUGGCUUUCAAACGCGCUAUAUGGAACAGCUUAUAAAGAAGUACGAUUAGACUAGACUUAUAGCUUGAAGCUUAUCGGAGCCAAACUCAAUACAAUAUUAUAAUUAAAUAUCGG